GUCCUUACUUGCAAUUCAUUUUCGAAAGAAUCAAGUUGGUUGCUUUUAUUGAAAGUCUGCAGUCUGAAAUUAAUUGAAGUGAAGAAUAUAAAGGCCUUGCUUACUCUUGACCAAUCUCAGUGGAAUUCAAGAUUCUAUAGAGUUAAAUAAUUAAGUGGCUUUGAAUUCAAAGGAGUCGAGGACUUCAAGAGCACGGUCGAAUUUUAAGGUUUCUAAAAGCAUAUCUCUGUACAUAUAUUCUUGUUUAAAAAAGAAAAUUUUUUAAGUAGAAGAGAAGGGGCGAAAACAUGUCUGACUCGAAGGACGAGGCCCUGCUAAAAUCCUUUAAAACGCAGCUAAAGGAUAACGUCCUAAGCAUGUUGCUCAACUUUGAGGAGCUCCUUAAAUUAGUUUCCCCGAGGACUCCGGGCCAAAUCACAAAUGAUACAGAACAAGAAUUGAAUGCUUUUGAAAUGCAGGUGCGUGCUGGCAAUUUCGUUCGCGCAGGAGAAGCUCUAAUUAAGCUAGUCCAUGAUGUCAAGGAGUAUCAGAUUAUUUACGAUUAUUCCAACAUCGAAGAGGAAAUGGAUAGACAAUCGGAGGCAAUGCAUGCCAAGGUGACCGAGUAUGACCAAACACUUAUCAAAAUGGUUAAGGAUUUGGAAGAGGAGCUGUCCGAACUGGAGUACGAGUACUACGAAAAGAGCGGUGGACCUGACUUGGAUUCAAAGGAUUUACUUGUUUAAUUAUAAAUGAUAUAUUUUUUAUCCAUUCGUAAAGGAUAACCACUGUAAACAAAAAAACGAUAAAUAAACAAUUUUUGCCCCAGUG